CUCUCUCUCUCUCUCCCCCUCUCUCUUCUCUCUCGUGACUUUCACCCCCCCCCCUUUUCCUUCCCGUUCUCGCCCGGCACAGAGCGGUGGAGUCCAUUCCAGUCCGGGCCCGGAUCCAUCCCUCCAGGAUCGCGCCGGCCACAAGUUCGCCUCUCCCCUCUGACGCACUUUAAAGAGUCUCCCCCUUCCACCUCCGGGCGAGUAAUAGCGACCAAUCAUCAAGCCAUUUACCAGGCUUCAGAGGAAGCUGUUUAUGUGAUCCUCGGCACUAAUUAGGCUCAUGAACUAACAAAUCGUUUGCACCACUUUGGGCAAAGGGACCCGAUCGCAAGCUCGCUCGCUCGCUCGCGCUCUCGCCUCGUUCUCGCUGGAUUGCCGCUGGACCUCGCCGGGGCCGCCUUGGGCGCUGCACAAAAAAGGACAAGACGGAGGUGCGGGAGGGAAGGGAGGAGGAGGCGAAGGAGGAGAAGAAGGGGGCAAAAAGAAGAAAGGCAGAACUUCGCCCAGCAACUUUUUCUCUUCCCCACUUCGCUUUCCCGUCGGGCGGAUGAAGUGAGCGCAGAGCUUUGCAGGGCGCUCGCCUCUCCAUGUGGCCGCACGGCUCUCUUGCUGCUGCCGCUGCCACCGCGGGCGGCUGCCCGGCUGCCAGACUCUGGAUCUAGGCGGGCCCGGCGCCCCGAUCGUCUCUGCCGGACCUCGACGCCUCCGAGGAGGAGCCGCGGGCGCAGCGGAGGGCGCGCCCGCCGCCCGGAGGCCCCGGUGCCGGGCGCUUGGCCGCCAGGAUGUUUCAACCGGCGCCGAAGCGCUGCUUCACCAUCGAGUCUCUGGUGGCCAAAGACAGCCCUGCGUUGCCCGCCUCCCGCGCCGAGGAUCCCAUCCGGCCGGCGGCGCUGAGCUAUGCCAACGCAAGCCCCAUGAACCCUUUCCUCAACGGCUUCCACUCGGGCGGCCGCGGCGUCUACUCCAACCCGGACUUGGUCUUCGCAGAGGCCGUCUCGCACCCGCCCAAUCCGGCCGCCGUCCCGGUGCACCCGGUGCCUCCGCCUCACGCCCUGGCCGCGCAUCCGCUGCCGGCCUCGCACUCCCCGCACCCGCUCUUUGCGUCGCAGCAAAGGGACCCCUCUACUUUCUACCCCUGGCUAAUACACCGAUACAGAUAUCUGGGCCAUCGGUUCCAAGGCAAUGAAACCAGCCCGGAGAGUUUCCUCUUGCACAAUGCACUAGCCAGGAAGCCCAAACGGAUCCGCACCGCCUUUUCCCCUUCCCAGUUACUGAGACUGGAGCACGCUUUUGAGAAAAAUCACUACGUCGUAGGGGCAGAGAGGAAGCAACUGGCGCACAGCCUCAGUCUCACAGAAACUCAGGUAAAAGUUUGGUUUCAGAACCGAAGGACAAAGUUCAAGCGGCAGAAGUUAGAAGAGGAAGGCUCGGACUCCCAACAAAAGAAAAAGGGGACUCAUCAUAUUAACCGGUGGAGGAUCGCCACCAAACAAGCCAGCCCGGAGGAGAUCGACGUCACGUCGGACGAUUAAAUCAUCUCCCACUUUAAAAAACACACACAAUAAUAGUAAUAAUAAAAAGACGACGACGACGAAGCGGCGGCGGCGGCAAAACUCCCGGCUGGCACUUAACAGACUUUCCCACGAACAACUCAAGUGUUAAAGGCUCGCGACAACCGCAGGAAAGUGAGUGGCGCGGCCAGGGCGAGGGACAGCAAACCGGCUGGAUCCCACCAGGCGAUUCUCGUUUUUCUGUUUUUCUGUUUUUGUUUGUUUUUGUUUCUGUUUUAGAGAGGGGCAGUUUGAGAGGGGGCGAGAGCCGGCCGGCCAGUUUAAGCCAGCCCAGAAGUCAGUCCAUCAAGGGUGGGGGCCUUGGCUGGUCCUGCACUGGUACAAUUUUGUUUUAAGCGCAAAAAAGAGAAGGGGGGGGAGGGGAAUCUGUCAAUCAAAGCCAAACCACCAAGACGGGGUGAUUGACCAAUAUUCCGUUUCUCGCCAUUCGAACUCAGAUCGCUCCAAAUUUUUAAAGGGAUCGCAUACACACGCAACCGUACCGGGACACUUUGCAGUUGACGAGGGAUUUUGUUCUUAUUAAUGAUGAUUCUGAGUGUCUCCCAGGCUUUUAGGAGAGAGGAUCCCAUACCCAGCCAAAAUCGACACACCUGUUUCAGAGAAACUUGAACUGCAUGCUUUCUUUUUAAAAAUUUUAAAAACCUCGAGGGAGGGGGAAGAAGAAGGAGGGGGGUAGGGCCUUUUUUUUUUAAUGGUCCCUAAAGUCAGACAUGAACUGCGCUUCCCCCCCUCCCCUCCUCAGAGACAGGUUCUGUGUGCUUUUUAAAUUUAUUUUACGAGAAACUGUGCAGUCUGUAAACCUUUUUAUGAUAACUUCUGGCGUCAACGUGGUUGUGAAAACUCAAUGAAGUAGCGGUAACAAAUUCUAAUUUUUUAUUUUAUUUUUUUAAUUUUGUUUUUGCUUCCCCCUCCCCCCAAUGGAUAUAACCUUUGAAGAAGAAAAAAGGGGAUGGGUUGUUGAGGGUGGAGGGGUGGGGAAGGGAACUUUUGCUGCAAAAACAGACAAUAAUAAAAAGAGAGAUUUAAAGAAACUAGUCCCCACAUUCUAAAACUUCGAUUCCUCCUUUUAAUCCCCCUCCUCCUUGGAUGGGGGUUUGUACUCAAACUCCCGCAGGACUUCAGAAGGAGCAAGGGAUCUUGCAGAUCCCUCUGUAGAAAUCAUUUCGACCCAGGCCCGUUUUCAUUGGGGACAAAUUUCAAGCACUGAUGUUGAUGAUCCAAGAUUAUAGAGCUACUAAAAAUGACAAAUGUUUCCUUAAUGUCUUCUUUACCAGAAUGUAAAUAUUUUUGUGUUUUUUGUGUUUAAUUUGUUAGAAUUCUAACACACUAUAUACUUCCAAGAAGUAUCUCAAUGUCAAUAUUUUGUCAAUAAAGAUUUAUCAAUAUGGCCUAA